AAAAAAAACAAGAAUUAUCAAUCAGACUUAUACUCUUAUUCACCGUCAAAAACAAGAACUAUCAUACUCUUUCUCAAAAAAAAACCCCUUAAUCAUUUAACUCGUGAAACAAAACAAAAAAAAGAAAAAAAAAGAAUUAAUCACUCUGAAAGAUACACGCAGAAGGGUUAAUUUUAGAGAAUCAACCCUCAGCCCCUCACCGUCGUUCUUCAUCUUCCUUAGCUCCGCUGCGCCACCAUGUCUCUUCCCAGGUAAGUUUAAAUUCCUUCCACCCUUCGCUUAUUGUAAUUUGUCGACUAUGAAUUUUAGGGUUAUCAUUGAUUUUUUUUGGGUCCAAUUAUUGAUUUUAAUUUGGUUUCCAUGGUCUAAUUGAAGUCAAUUAAUUAAAAAUCAAUCAAAAUUGAUUGAGUAUGCAAAAAUCCCUAAUGAUUUUCAAUGUAAAAAUCCCAUUUCUAGUUAUUUCGACCCCUUUUUUUAACUAUUAUUUGUAAAAUAUAUACAAGUAUAUUUCGUGAAGGGGGGGGGGUUGUUGUUAAUUGAAUUCUCGUUUUGCUCUGAAUUCCUGUUCAUUAGAGGGUAUUGAGGCUCGCUAGUUAUAAUUGAAUUCUUGUUUGCUCUGAUUUUAUUAUGUUUUUGAGCCAAAUUUGCUGCUGGUUGGUUGUCAUGGCAACCGUUGUGGGUGGUUGCUAGAAUAACAGUAUGUUAAUUGAGUUUGCUCCUAAUUUGAGUUGUGGGGCAGCAAGUUAUUCUAAUUGGAUAUAAAAAUUUACCUUGACCCGGCAUCAAAUGCAUAAAUGCAUUCACUCAUUUUGUUUUCUGAGUAUCUGCUUGGUCUGAAUUCACUUCACCUCUAUAUAAUGUGUAAUCAUGGAUCACUUAUUUGGAGAAUUGGAUUUGCUUUUGGAUUGGAAAUGUGUUUGGAUUAAUUAUGAAGUUAAAUGUAUUAGCAAAUCAUUAAAGCGAAUUGGUGCUGGAGUUAUGCAUUUCAACUUCAGGUUUCUGUAGUGAACAUAUAGCUGUUAUGAGUUGUGCAAACUACUUGGGUAAGGACUCAGGGAGUCAGGGGUGAAGAGCUUGUAAUUAAGCAUGCAAGUUUCUUGGUCAUUCACUGUUAACUUGACUAAGAAACUUUUAAUAGUGUUAAUUACAUACUACAUAUGUUGUUUUGAUAUCCUCACAUUUCCCACUACCCUCAUCUUCUUAUCUGGGUUGAAUAAGGUGUAUUGUUGUCAUUGUCAAAUCCGGUUUUAUUUCCCAAUAUCUAUGUGACAUCAACCUUGGCCAUUAGACGAGGAUACCAUUAGAUGAGGAUAACCACGAUGCAAAUUAGGCUAAAAAACAUAAUAAAAUCAGAGCAGAAGAGAUUUCCAACUUUUGUUCUUAUUACUUUCAACCUCAUGUUGAUACGAAAUCUAGAGAUCUAGGACGUAAUGUUGUUGAUGAUGAUGAUUUAGAUUCAACUAUACCAUAAUUAUUCCAAUUUAGAAAAGGUCAUGGCAAAAGUGUCCAAACUAGGUUUUUAGAUUCGAAAGAAGUCAGGCACGCACACCACUAUGUUCUUUCUAAUUGUGGUGUGUUAGGAGAAUAUGAAAGGAAGUUUGAAGAGUCGAUGAUGCAAAAAUAUCCUGGUAUUGACCUUCAUGAUAUUUGGAGCAAGUUUUCACAUGAAUUUUCCAAAUGGUUUCAGGAUUUCGUUAUCGAAUCUAAUGAGACUGAUGAAGUGAUUCGAGCACUUGCCAUGGGUCCGUCUAGACAAGUCAAAACAUGGAGGCAAUUUGACAUCAAUGGCUUUAAGUUUCACACAUUUGAUUAUGGAAAGCACAAGGCAACUAUGAAUUAUGGUGUAGGUGUAAUAAGUGAGGAGGAAAUUGAUUACUUUGGCAUUUUAGAAGAAGUCAUUGAGCUGGUCUACUUGGGGACCGUAAAUGUCUUCAAAACCGUCUUGUUUAAAUGUAAUUGGAUGGAUUCAGUGAAUGACAUGAAUAUUCAUGAACAGUAUAGAUUAGUUGAUGUGAACCACUCUAAGAAAUACUCUGCAUAUGAUCCUUUUGUUCUAGCACAUUAGGUUUAUCAAGUGUAUUUUACCUCUUAUCCAAGAUUAAAGAAAGAUAAGAGUCAAUGGUUGGCUGUUUUUAAGACUAAAGCUAGGUCAACUGUGGAUGUCCCAAUCGAUGAGUCAAUUUUCCAAUUAGACAUUGUUGAGACCCCAACCCUUUGUUCAGAUGAUGAUGAUGGUGUUAUGUACGAGGAUAUGGAUGAAAUGGAGGAGGACGCCUCAGGUAGUAAAGAGGAAGAACAACAUGAAGAAGAUGAAUGGGAUGAUACUGAAUCUGAAUCUGAAGAAGAGGUUGAUAGAGAGUUAGGAUAUACUGACAACGAUGACGAGGAUGAUGAUGAUGAUGAUGUGGAUGAUGAAGAAGAAGAAUAAUUUCAAAGCUUGUAGUUUUAAAAUAUGUUUUCUUUGUUAUGGGCUUAUUUGUUUGAUAGACAAUGUGUUUUAUCUUAUUUGUUUGAUAUAUGAUAAAUGUUUUAAAAUUUGUUGAUCA